AUGGAGUACUCGUUUGUGACGCCCGCCACCCCACAGGCACCGCCCGCAGGACCGUCUGCACCGGUGCCGACGACGCCCAAGACGAUCAGCGCGCGAUUGAAGCAACGGCGAGUGUCGUUGCCUUCGACGCAGCUGCGCAGCCACUCGGCGCUUUUCCGGGACGAGAUGGCCCUCGACGAGCCUGUCAAGAACGAGCCCCGCGACGAGCCCAGCGCACGGACCACACCCGCGUCGGUCUCUCCUGUCGAUGCUAAGCCGGUCAAGAAGCAACGUAAAAAGUGGACGACCGAGGAGACACAGAUGCUCGUCGAUGGCUGCAACGAGUGGGGAGUGGGUAACUGGAAGGCGAUCCUGAACGACCCGCGCUUUGUGUUCCAGAGCCGGUCGCCUGUUGAUCUCAAGGACCGGUUCCGCACCUAUUUCCCCGACGCGUACCGUCUGCACUAUCCCAAUGCCAAAACACACUUGUCGUCGCGUGUGCGCUCGACUCUCCCCGACGGCACUUCCAUUUUUGAGAAAACUCGCUCGAAAAAGCGCCGACCAUUUUCAAAGGAAGAAGACGAAGCGCUUCGCCGCGGUUACGAGCAGCACGGCACUGUAUGGGCCACCAUUGUCAAAGACCCAGUGUUCCAGCAAAGGCGCAGCACCGACUUGCGUGACCGAUUCCGUAAUGCCUUCCCCGAUCUCUAUCAGCAAGCCGGCUACAAGCCCCGUCCUGCUCGCAAGACCCAGAAGGCUCGCACUACCGGCAUGUACACCGACGACUCGGGCCCGUCUGCCUCCGCUCCUAAAGUCUCCGACUCGGUCGAUCCCCGCGUCCGCUCGGCCGAUAUCAAGCCCAAGCCUAGUCGUCUGCGCAUCGUAACCAGGACCCCCAAGAAGCGCGGCCCCCGUCGUGGGCGCAAGAACUCUGACGACGAUGACGACGAGUCUGACGACGUUGACGACGAAGAUGUCGAUGUCGACGACUUCCCAGAGAGCGAGGACGACCAUCCUGCUCCGGCAUCCAACAAUGCGUCCCCGGGAAACUCCCGAAGGGGCUCUCGCAUGCUCCGCCAGCAUGUUCACGCGUCGCGCGCCACGCCCCAGCCGUCUAAUCCCAAUGGAUAUGUCGACGCGUCCAUCCCGAGUGGCCCUUCCGAUUCAGAGGAUAUUAUCAUGUCGUCCCCAAUCGCCCCUGCCGACGUUGAGCUCCCAGUCACCCCCUCGGCUAGCUUUCCCCGCGACUUGACUCCUGUUUCUCCUCAGUGCUUGGACAGCAGCGCCCAAUCCCAGGACUCCAUUUCCGUCCUCGAACAGCCGGCUACUGCAACCGAUGACGUUUCGUCAGUCAUGUCCAGCCAUGGUUUCGACAGCUUGAUCUAUCCCUCGGGCGAAGCCGACAGCACCUGGCUCAACAGCACCGCCGUUACGUCCCCUACCACCUCCGAGUACUUUUUGCACCCCCAUCACGCGCGCCGCGAUGACUGCAUGGACCGCAUCGGCAAGUCUGCCUGGGCCACCUCGGACUGGCUCUCGGGAAACACCCGUCUCGACAAUGCACUCUCGGGUGCGCUCGCAUUCGGCGGCGCCUGGGGAACCACCACCAACUCGGUCGUCGAUCGCUACAACCUCUACACCUCGAGCGCCGGCGUCGCAGCUCACGAAUUCGCCUCGGAAGCAGGCGACCACCAGCAUUACGACGAGUUUGGCUUCCGUGAGAGCAACCCGAUCUCUUACUACGCCGGUGAUUUGUUUCCUGGAAGCGGCAUGGUCAACGCAUCAGUCCACGCCCACAUGGGCCCCGGAGCAACCAGCGGUACCGGAUCGGUUGUCGACGAGCAAGGUGUCGAGUGUCUCUCGCUCGAGAGCGUCGUUCAGCCUCACAUGCUCCAAGCCGGACUCGGCCGCUUGAGUCUCGCAGAGGCCAACGCGACGGGCGAUCUCUCUGAUGGCGUAUCGAUCGAGAAGACCACUUCGGCAGAGCCCAACCAACUCGACGCCCCGAAUCCAAUUCCGUAUAUGCUCCCCAUGCCCUCAUCCCUCUCGAACCUGUCGAUGGCCGGUGUCGAAGCCUUGAACGCACCCACGCGUCCCACUCACACCAGGCGUUCCCACUCGUUGUUCGACUUUUCGUGCAUGGACGCAUUGGACCUCCAGCGUCCCGGCUACCCCGUCUCGUUUGACGUCGACACAGCCGCUCCGGGCAUGUUUGCUGAUGCACUCGACCUCGCCGCGUUGGGUCUCGAAAUUGCCGCUCCUCCUGCUGCUCCUCCCAAGGACAUUGUCCCCAACGUUCGCAUGCAGAACAAUAACGCCGUGAUCGCCCCAAGCGACCUCAUGCUCCGCAAGGCUGACUCUGCCGAGACCAAGAUGCGCAAGCGCACAAGCUGGGGCGUCUAG